AUGCCCUCCCCGCUCCUCGCCCGCCUCACGGGCUUCCUCACGCAGCAGCACCCGCUGCGCCUCUCCAUGGCGCCCGCCGACUCCGCCGCGGCGCUGCCCAUCCCCGAGGGCGCCCAGCGCUGCACCGUCGCCGCCGGCUGCUUCUGGGGCACCGAGCACCUCUACCGCCGCCACUUUGCCGGCAAGGGCCUGCUCGACGCCCGCGUCGGCUACAUCGGCGGCGACGUCGACGAUCCCUCGUACCGCGCUGUCUGCGGCGGCAAGACGGGGCACGCCGAAGCCGCGCAAAUCAUCUUCGACCCCGAAAAGGUCUCGUACCGCCAGCUCCUCGAGUUCUUCUACCGCUUCCACGACCCCACGACGCUUAACCGCCAGGGCCCGGACGCGGGGCCCCAGUACCGCUCCGCAAUCUACUUCCACGGCCCCGAGCAGGAGCGCGUCGCCCGCGACGUCACCCGCCGCGCAAACGAACAGUGGUGGAAGGGCGCCGUCGUCACAGAGGUGCUGCCUGCCGGCCGCUGGUGGUCCGCCGAGGAGUACCAUCAGCUCUACCUCGACCGCAACGCCGGCGGCUACGAGUGCCCUAGUCACUUCCUCCGCGACUUUCCGCCUUUGCGCGACUGA